CUCACUCAGUGCUUGUUAACUGUUCUAAAACGCUGAAGAGACGGUGGCAGGAGUAGAGGGCAGCAAAAUAAACUCAGGAAAUACCGUUACAAAAGUCUUCAUUGCCAGUUCAUGUAUCAUUUUGGAGGAACUCUGAAUUUAGUCAGCCGAAAGGAGCUCCAUCACUACCAACAUGAAGGAGUUGGUGCUGUCACUCCUGAGUCGAGGAUAUAGCCAAGUGGUCCCGACUGAUGGCAGUGGUCAACACAGAAGACUGGAAGUCCGUUUCGAACCUGAGGACUACUUUAACUGGAGAUCCCAGCCUCCUCUGUUACACUUAAGCAGCAGUGAUCGGCUGCUUAGUGUAGCGGAGCCCACACCCCCUAAAACCUACAGCACGAGGAGAGGCCCACUUAUUCUCUACUCCGAGGACCUCGCCCUGACAUGCUGCCAACAGGUCAACAUCAACAGGAAGGGGAGGGCUUUAAGAGCCUCAAGAGAGGAAGCAGAGAUUCGGCUACACACUCUUCAAGAUCUGACCGCAGCCGUUUUGGCGUAUGGUAAAAAACAGUCCGAGGCCAAGAGGAGAUGCAAUUCCAAUCUCGCUCAACCCCUCUUGCCAGCUGGUAAAUGUGCCACUCAUCCUUCGCAGUCAUACCGGAGGCCCGGAGAGGAGCGUGGUCAUGUGACUCAGCUUACAGGUGAAGGUAGGGAGGAAUGCACUUCCUUCCGAGGUCAGGUAGACGCUGCGUGCCCCAAAGGAGGACAGGUGAGAUACCAGCCACGCUUCUUCUGUUCGCCAUGGCGGCCUCCCCUGGGGCCUCUCCCGCCCAUCACCCCAGGCCUGGCAGCCAGAUGGCGCAGACACAGGCCUCGCCAGGCACUAGGUGAGACUGUGACUUUUAUGCCAAGUGAACCAGAGGAGCAUUCGAUAACCGGAGACACAGGGACCUUCAAAACCACAGUGGAGCUUCGCCGUGUUCAGAUGAAUGCAAUCCCCGAAUCGGAGUCUGGCGCUGAGGAAGAGUGGGCGGGACAACCUGAGGGGCACAUGGUCGCCGAGCGUUUGGCUGCCUAUCCAAAGGACAUAAAUGCUCAGCGGAAAGACAGCGCAGCAGAGCCAGGUGGCGAGGGGAAGGGCCGCUCUCCAAGUCCCGCCUAUGCGGCCCUCCGUUUUGGAAGCAGUCACCUUUUAGGACUUAGUAAUGACCAGCGACACACGGAGGAGGAAUACCUGCAAGGCCCUGUAAAGCAGUGCGAUACAAACACGCACACCCGGAGAGGGAACGUGUGUCCAGAUUCCAGCUACGGCCUCUUCCAUCUACCUCCCAUUAGCCAAGAGCUUCCAGCAGGCUCCAGCAGCAAGGACCGUGGAGUCUGGAUGCUUAAGGCUGGGGGCGCAGCCGAGGAAAGCCAUGAGGAUCCGGUGCCGCAGUUGCCAGAUAUACAUUUCCCUGAUGUCAGCACAGAGGCCCCAGGUCCCAAGCCCUCAGAGAGGACUGUACUCAGGAAAGUCCUUGUACUGCUUCCUUCUCUAACAGAACUAGAUGAGCCUCGUGGUCUUCCUGAGGACAAGUCAACGAGAGACGAUGUCCUAUGUAGUGAUGUGGAGCAGAGAGCAGAUCAAAUCAGACGGGGACAGGGCGUAUCCCUUGAACAUGACUGUAGGUUUAAAGCAAGUGAUCAAGACCCCCUCAUUUGCUUUGAACCUGAGGAAGACAAAGAGCAUCAGACCGCUCCAGGUCUGCUGCCUCCCAUCGCAGGGCUCAGGGGUCCGGGAAAGCAGAGUUCUAUGGCUCUCUACAGACAAGACCAGACAGAGCCUCAGUCUGGCAUCACCCGAGGCAGCCUCCCUCUGGAGCUGAGAGAGUGUCAGGAGGGCAGGGCACUGGGCACCUUAAUAAUGGGUCCUGCUGGGGAAAUCAUACGCUUGUCUCUCUGGGAUCCCCUAACUGACACAGAGGACCACCCGGCUCCGGAUGACGGCGCUAGAGAAGAUGUUCUCAGGAUUAUGAGAACUUCUGAAGGAGUUCUGGAGCAGCCUUGGACUAUAUUCCUGGAGGAGAAGAUCCCACCCACAGGAGCAGCGAGUGCCAGUGAAGCAGAGGCUGGACCAGGUCACCAGAGACGAGCUGCUCCUAUGAAAGGCCUGAAUGAGGAUCUUCGUCAUGAUUGCACGCAACACGCUCAAACGGCUAGAGCUCCUCCCGACUACACCGAAGCAUCGGAGAAGGCGAAAACCUCGGACACCGACGGGAAUGGAGUCACAGAGGCGCCAGCCUGUGCACCAGAGAUAGGCUCAGGGAGGGUGAAACGUUCUCCAGAACGCCAGCCCUACAGCAAAGGGGCCAAUACCAAGACACAGAGCAGAGGAAGGACACAGGGUCUACACCCGGAGGGUGGAGGGAUACCAGGGUCACCACAGUCCAAAUCGACGUCUGCUAGCAGCCUUCAAAGAACAGCUCUUCCCAAGCCCACAGCUGCAGAGGAACUUUCUCAUAAAGUAAAGGCCAAACCCCAGAUGGAGUCAUUCAAACCUUCUGUUCCCGGUCUAGGAAACAUUCGGGCCAUGAAAGCAGGUGGAGGAAAGGAAGACAUCCAAAAGAGGAAAAGGAAGACAAAGAGAGACCAAGCAACCGGUCAGCAUGAUCAGCACCCGGGAAGAUUUACAGAGGACAAGCAUUCGGAGGAGAAGACUCCGCAGAUGAACGCAGACACAGAGUCACUUGAUUCUGAUGUCACUGCAGACCCAAUUCCUGAUAGUCUGAUGAGAGAGAGAAAGAAAACAAAGGUGGAGGAUGAGAAACCAAAGAGAGAGCCCUCAAAGUUACAGACCAAAGCAAAAACAGUGAAAAAGAAAGUCAAAGGUCAAGCAGCAUUUGUUGUGGGUAAACCGAGGGCAUCACAGGAAGUACAGCAGACCAAAAAGGAAGCAGGCAGUCCAGAGAGAGCCGUGAAAACAGCCUCCGACACGGAAGUAAAAGAGCCAGAGGAAAACCUGGCCGAUGACCGCGACCACUGCUGUGGGGAUUCCGGGCGAGGUCCGGACGAUGAGCAGCUCUCUGCUUGCCGAGGGGACCGCCUGACUACAGGCUCCUCCAGGUCACUCAGCUCUGCUGACUGGCAGUUCUCUGCAGGGACAGAGAGCUCUCAGAGGACCAGUACAGCAGCAGAGGCCGGGCCCUGUAGCCCGGCUCCGCCCUCACUCAGUCAGCCCACACCCCGCCGGUCGGCUAUGGUGCUCCGAGUGCACCAUCCUGUAUCGAAGCCUUCCGAGUCUCUAUCAAGUUCUGAUGCUAAAGGCAACGAUGAGGCCAUGAACGUGAGGGAGAGCAAGACUGCAGUGGUGACUCAGAAGGCAGAACAGCGCCGCCUAGAGGUGGAGAGAAAAAGGAAGGAGAAAGAAGAGGAGAGGAGAAGGCAGGAAGAGCGGGAGGAGAGAGAGGAGAGAAUGCAGCUGGAGCUAGAGGAGGAGCAGAGACAGAGAGCAGAGCAGGCCAGGUUGAGAAAGCUCAGAGAAGUAGAGGAGAGACAGAGAGAGGAGGAGAGAGCGAGAGAACGCCUGAGAAGGGAGAAGGCCGUGCUGGAGCGAGAGAGGAGGCGGCAGGAGGAAAAGAGGAGGCUUCUGGAGCGUCUGCAGAGGGAGAGGCAGGAAGAGGAGCAGCGAAGGGCAGCCCAGAUAAAGCGUCAGCUGCAAGAGGAGGAGACACGCAGGCAGGAGGAGUGGAAUAGACUGCAGGAAAUGGAGGAGAGCGAGAGACUAGAGUACUUGCGCAGACGGUGGGAAGAAGAGGAGUUGAGGAGGAAGGCCAAGGAGGAGAGGCAGCAAGCAGAGGACGAGGUGGCCAGGCGGGAGGAAGAGGAGGCUAGAGCACUGGCUGAACUGCUCAACAGGGAGAGGUCUGCUCUGGAACAGCAACUCAGGUUCCACAGGGGGCUAUUCCUAGAGGCCGGGGGUCUGGAGCAAACACAGGGUGUCUCUCGCCCAUGGGUUUUCUCCUACUUCACCAUACUGAAGCUGUUGGACUUUGCGGAAGGGUACGACAGCACACAGAACACACAGUCCGGGUGUUAAGAGACUGCAUAGUUCAGAUUCUUCUGUUUUCAGGCUGUGGACCCAGUCUCUCUAGUGCCGGACAGUUUGGGUUGACUCGAGUUGCAAAAAAGUUGAUUGUUAUACUAACAAUAUAGCAGAUUAGAAUAAAACUACAAUGAGAAAAUGCCAUAAAAAAUUGUCUAGAUUUUUCAAACCUUUUUACAAAUGUACCAAUAUUUCUCCAUUUCCUACAUAAUACUUAAUGUUUGGGAAAAUAUGAAAGCACUUAAAACAAAGAACACAAAUGGUACAAAGUACUGAACAUAAAAAGAAAAGAAAAUACACAAAUUACACAAGCUUCCAGUAACACGGGGAAAUGAGGCUAGGGUUUCUUCAGAAAACCACUCGAUUACAUAACCGUGCAGGGCAAUGAAGAAUUCUUCUUAGAGAACUUCUGUACUCUACAAGUCCACACACAUUUCUAUGUACAAACAACAAAUCAAAGGACAUGGAGAGUCUACAGAUAAGAUGGAGUGAUGGAGCUGAAUGAGGGUAGGCCUCAUCAGUGGUUCAGUGUAAUGACAGAGGGCAUGUUGAUGACAGAAUGAUGACAGAGUAGGUUGUGGCUAGAAAAAAAAAAAAAUCUGAACAAUCUCACCAAAUAAAGAAAACAAUUCACAUUAUGACUUUUUUGUCUUAUGUCUAUGAGAACACUUUGCAUGCAUUUAAGGCCUUGGGUCUCCACAAACCCACCAGACCCUAUGCCAACUGAAAUCGAACAUCAGCAAUGUGUGGUAAGUGGUAAAUCCAUCUAAUCUGAGCAAAUGGUAAAAUGUUAUUAGGUUAUUGAAAUUAUUCCA